AUUGUACUGCAGUGAAAGUGAAAUGUUUCACAGAACAAAGUGAUCCUUGAUCCCAAACAACUUCCAGCUUCCUACAUAACAGGGAAUAAUACUGCUUACACCCCGUGCAGUGGACUACAUACUUACCUACUAAAGCGCCUUCUCCUAAUAGCAGGUUCUUCUACAGCUACAUUUAGUGCUGAGUCAGCGCUUGGCAUCAACAUGGCGGCUCUGCUACAUGAGAGUGUGAAGAAUUAUUACAGCUCUCUGGAGUCUUCAGAUGCUUUACAGACGAGUGCUGCGUGUUCGGCUUUAUCCCGGCCGCUGUCUCAGAGCGUACAGCAAGCCCUCGCACAGGUCCAUCCAGAGGUCUGCAAGAGGUUCUUUGGCUGUGGACUGGUGGCUCCAGAGAAGCUGAAAGGAUGUUCGGUUCUGGAUUUGGGAAGCGGAUCGGGUCGGGACUGCUACGUCCUCAGCAAACUGGUGGGAGAAGAUGGACGUAUCACUGGCAUUGACAUGACUGAGGAUCUGAUACAAGCAUCGAGGAGAUACAUCGGAUACCACCAGGAGCGGUUUGGCUAUGCCAAGCCGAAUACUGAGUUUGUUCAUGGAUACAUGGAGAAGCUCAGUGAUGCGGGGAUACAGGACAACUCUCUGGACGUCAUCGUAUCAAACUGUGUGAUUUGUCUUUGUCCAGACAAGAGGGCUGUUCUGAGUGAAGCUUACAAAGUACUCAAGGUCGGAGGUGAACUUUACUUCAGUGAUAUGUAUGCGAGCGAGGUAGUCCCUGAGUCUUUCAAACUAGAUCCAGUGCUUUGGGGUGAAGGAAUGGGCGGCGCCCUCUACUGGCAUGAUUUCAUCUCCAUCAUGAAGGAGCUGGGCUUCAGCACGCCUCGUCUGGUUGCAGCUAGUCGUAUAAAUGUGCACAAUCCAGAGCUCCAAGCGAAAGCAGGUGAUAUUAAAUAUGCCUCAGGGACCUACCGUGCCUUUAAAUUGCCCCAACACUCCAUUCAAACCAAAGCGCUGGUGACGUACAAGGGGACGGUUCCAGACUGUGCAGAGUAUUUUGAGCUUGAUGCCUCAAACUCCUUUAAGGUAAAUGUGCCUGUAGAGGUGGAUGCAGAGAUGGCAGCUAUCCUCCAGUACACACGUUUCUCGCCAGACUUCAUCAUCCAGAUGACAGACAAGCCUGAUCCCAGCCUCAGCUCCGCUCAGCAGUACUGCCACCUGAGCCCGUUCGCGCUGGCAGACAGACUGGGAUCCUGUGUGAAGCAGUGCUCUAAGACGGGCGUCGCGGCUGGAAGCUGUGAGUAAUGAGGGAAAGCGCAUCAUGUUUGCUCACAGUGGCAUUAAACACUCUACAACUAACAGAAACUGUUAUUGGAUUCAAAAGUGGAAACUGAGGCAUUUGUAUUGUUUUUUGUGCUAUUUGACUGCAGAUGAUUAUUGUAUAUUAAAAUUAUGUCACAGUAGUAUAACGCAGGACCAACGCAUAUUCAAAGUAAAUAACGUAUCAGGAUUUGAUCAUUCCUAGUAAGUCGAUAAUAAUAAGUAAGUGAAAUAAUAAUGACACACGAUCAUAUAGAGUCAGUAACCAAAAGUCACGUCAAAUAUUUGCACAGGGAAAGUUAUUCGCAUGCAGACUUCAGCUGUGCAGCUGCUUAAGAUGAUUUUCUGAGCUCCGCAUUAUGAAUUAUGCUAAUCACCUACUGAAGAUUAUUCGGUUGUCAAUAGUGUCUAGACCACUGCACACAAAUUAAAACACAAAUGUUUGCCUUUAUAUAGAAUAGAAUAGAAAAUGAGACAGAAAUAGCAUUUUUUUUUUAAAUGCAAAACAAGCAAAAAAAAAAACAUUAAAAAAAUUAUGAUACACUCCUGGGCAAAAAAAAAAAAAAAAACUGGCAAAAUAUUAAGCUUUUAAUGGUCUUAACAACAAAUUAUUGGUCAGGAAAUGAGCAAGAAUUAAAUAAAUAGAUUAUCUAACUUGGUAUGGGAAGCUUUUCCCUUCGAUUUCUUUAAAUGUUGAAGCCUUGUGGACCUUGAUGGGCUGCAUCAGGUGUGGCAGAUAACCAAAUAAUCACUAAUCUUUUAAGAAAAAAACUUCACAGAAGUUAUUUUUGGAAAGUUUUGUACAUCCAGACAUGUUAGUUUGAAUUUUACAUCAAGCAUUUUAAUCAUUAUCAUGAUUUUACCUGUGAAUUUCCCUGUUUCUAGCUUUUCCUCAAACAGCAAAUGGCGGCCCAGGAGCUCUCAGGAGUGCAUUUGUUUCAUUCUUGCUCAUUUUCCGACCAAUGAUUUGUUGUUAAGACCUUUAAAAGCUUAAUGUUUGCCCUUUUGGACUUGGCCCAAUUUUUUUCGCAGGAGUGUAUAUGAAUGAGAUGAUGGCAAGCAUUGAAUUCAAUCUAAUACAGGGGUUCAUGAAUUUUUUGGGCAAACCCCAAAUGGACAUUAUGAAUUUUUCAAGUUGAGGUUUCCAAGUUGAAUUGAACAAUGUUUAGUGAUUUCAUGCACAGUGAUGUUUUAAAACUUUCUGCCGUCGUCGUGAUCCUGCACCGUGUCAUGGGCUGCAUCUCAAACUGAAAACUCUCACAUUCCAACGUAUUUACUGAUGUAGAAAUUCCAGAAGACUGCGACAGCCCUUUCUGUAGGUUUGAAGGCUACAUGAGAGAUUUUUAAAGUUCAAACACUAACAGUAAUAGGAAAAGCGGUUAAUUUUAGUACUCAGUAAUGGUCUAGAAAAGUACAUAAGUAUGUGAUUUGAGAUGAAACACUGGUUUAUUCAGCGGGUUGUGAGACGCCACAUGGGGUCGUGACCCCUAGUUUGGGAACCCCUGAGCUAAUAGGAGUGUAAUGUAUUGCUAAUAUGUAGCUGCAUGAAUAGGCCUGGUUGUAAUUAUCACAUUAACAUUAAUCACUGUAAAUUUGGUUUAAUUUAACAAAAUGGCUUCCGCACACAUUAUUCAGCAGGUGCUAUUAUUAUUAUUCAAAUAGCACUUGAUCCAGCACAUUCUGUUAUGUGUGUUUUUUUUUUUAAACAUUGUUAAUGAAAGCAGCAGAAUGUGAAAUUCUGUAUUACGCAGUGUUAAAAGAAAAACAGUACAUUUAUGGCCUGUUAUUAAACAAUUAAUUUGUUGAAUUCACUGUAAAGAAGAAAAAAAAAUUGCUGUAAAUUUUACAGUAAGUUGCCAGUAAGGUUCCAUAAGAAUUUAGAGUAAACAACUAUAAAACAUAUUUACAGUAAAGCACAGGAUACAGCUGAGCUGAAGGUUAAGGGUCACGCUCAGCGCAGUUGUAUCCUGCAUCAGUUGUAAGUCUCAGUUUGUUUUAAAGCAUCAGCCAAAUGAACAAAUGUACUGGAUUAUGUGUUAUUUUAUACUGUGUAAGAUAUUACAGUACUUUACUGUAAAUAUGUUUUAUAGUUGUUUACUGUAAAUUUUUAUGGAACUAUACUGUAUAAUUUACAGCCUUUUUUUUUCAUUGUGCAGCUUCACACACAGUCUUUACAUAAACUAUUAUUUCAUGUAUAAUCCCUUGCUUAUAUAUUUAAUGACAUUAAUGCAAUUCCAUAAUCCUAAAUCUAAAACACUGAAUGAAAUAAAAGAGAAGGAUUGUAUGAUUAUUAUUAUUAUUAUUAUUAUUAUUAUUAUUGUCUCUAGAUGGCACUAAAGUUCUGUUAUUGAAAAGCUAACAUUUUUUCCAUCUGUUAGAGUAUUAUGAUGAACUUUAUAACCUUGUACUCUGACGUGUGCAGUCAGUUUUAAAGAACAUUCAUUAAAAAGGUCAUUUAAAUCA